AAGCGCUGUGACGUCAGAGCACUGCCGCUGCGAACUGCAGGUCAGGAAAGAUGGCGGCGGAGGAGAACAGGUUGAAGCAACGGAAUCACAAGAACAGCAUCUUCCGAGAAGGUGAAUCCCACACUUCCCCGAUGAGGCGCGAGGAGGAGGACGGCGACCUGCUGGAAGAGGUCGGCGCGGCGCGGCCGGUGCAGAUCGUGGUGGCGGACGAGGAGGAGCACUCGUUCUCGCUGCAGGAGGAGGCGCUGGAGCGGCUGCUGCUGCAGGAGGAGGUGCGGGACCUCCAGGUGGUCGUCGUCUCCGUGGCCGGAGCUUUCCGCAAGGGCAAGUCCUUCCUGCUGGACUUCAUGCUGCGCUACAUGCACAAGCAGUCGGAUUCGUGGGUCGGCGGCGAGGAGGAGCCGCUGACCGGCUUCACCUGGCGAGGCGGCUGCGAGAGGGAGACCACGGGCAUCCUGGCCUGGAGCGAGGUGUUCGUGGUGGAGAAACCAGACGGCAGCAAGGUUGCCGUUCUACUGAUGGACACUCAGGGAGCCUUCGACAGCCAGUCGACCAUCAAGGACUGCGCCACGCUGUUCGCCCUCAGCACCAUGACCAGCUCUGUCCAGGUGUACAACUUGUCCCAGAACGUGCAGGAGGACGACCUCCAGCACCUCCAGCUCUUCACGGAGUACGGACGACUGGCCAUGGAGGAGGUCUACGAGAAGCCCUUUCAGAGUCUGAUGUUCCUGAUCAGAGACUGGAGUUACCCCUACGAGCACCCGUACGGCCUGGAGGGAGGCCUGAGCUUCCUGGAGAAGCGGCUGCAGGUGAAGCAGAACCAACACGAGGAGCUGCAGAACGUCAGGAAACACAUCCACUCGUGCUUUUCCAACAUCGGCUGCUUCCUGCUGCCUCACCCCGGCCUCAGGGUGGCCACCAACCCUCACUUCGAUGGGCGGCUCAGAGAUAUCGACGAGGAGUUCAAGAAGGAGCUGGUGAACCUCGUUCCGACGCUGCUGUCUCCAGAGAACCUGGUGGAAAAAGAGAUCGGAGGAGUCAAAAUCACCUGCAGAGAGCUGCUGCACUACUUCAAAGCUUACAUGAAGAUCUACCAGGGAGAGGAGCUCCCUCACCCCAAGUCCAUGCUGCAGGCAACAGCUGAAGCCAACAACCUUGCAGCUGUAGCAGGAGCCAAAGACUUGUACAACAAAAGCAUGGAGCAGGUCUGCGGCGGGGACAAACCCUACACCUCCCCGGCGGAGCUGGAGCGCCGCCACGCGGAGCUGCUGCAGGCGUCGGUGCGACACUUCCGCUCCGUCAAGAAGAUGGGCGGCGAGGACUUCUGCCGGCGCUACCAGGAGCAGCUGGAGGCGGAGCUCGACGUGGCCUACGCCAACUUUGGCAAGCACAACGACGGCAAGAACAUCUUCUUCGCCGCGCGGACGCCCGCCACGCUGUUCGCCGUCAUGUUCGCCAUGUACGUGGCGUCGAUGGUCACGGGCUUCGUGGGCAUCGGCUCGGUGGCCGCGCUGUGUAACCUGGUGAUGGGCGCGGCGCUGACGGCCCUGUGCGUCUGGGCUUACGCCAAAUACUCCGGGGAGUUCCGCGAGGUGGGAGGAGUCAUCGACCGGGUGGCGGAGACCCUCUGGGAACAGAGGACUCCGCGAAAGGUUUUCUCCAAACUCUUCGAUGUGGCCCGGAGUCGAGUUCCGUUGGGCGGCCUGAUCCCGACGCCGCGGCCCCGGCUCGCCUCCAACAACAACGUCAAGAAGAAAAACUAGCGCCACGCCGUCUCCUCCCAUCUCCUUUUCUCCUCCCCACUCUCCGCUCUGUUUUUAAAAAGACGUUUUCGUUUUUUUCGGGGGGGGUUUUUAGAGCGGUUUGAGCCAACGAGUUUUUGUUCUCGGACCGUAGGCGGCGGCGCCUCAUCUUGCUCGCUGUAGGUUUAAGGACUUGAAGCAGUGUGAUGUAUUUCAGGGUCGGGUUUACGGUAUUUAUUGGUGGGAGGGGCCAUCUUUCAGUCACAGUGUCAUCCCAAGUGUGCAUGAGUGAGAGAGUGUGUGUGUGUGUGUGUGUGUGAGCGAGCGACCCAAACGAUUCCCAUUCAUGUGAACGUAUGAAUGAAGAGCUCGACCAGAGCCUCCUCGCGCUCCCAACCAAAGUGACCCGCUUUACUCGCAGGAGGCUCGCGGACCGACAAACGGGGGAAACUGCAGCUGGCAGCAUUUUUAGGACAUCACAAGCGGUUCGGUUUCGUCUUUUUUUUUUUUUUUUUUUUUCUUUUUUUGUAACCGAAUCACCAACGAUCGGUGUGCUGGGAGUGCGUAGAACCGUUAAACUGGUCUAAGUGGGCUGCCCUGACAAGUAGACAAAAGAUGUGAGGACGUCUUCAACGCCGCAAACUUCUGUGGCUGUUUAAAAAAAAAAAAAAAUGACAAAUGACAAAUACGUCAGGAAGUUGUCGUGCGUAGAGAUUGAAUCUCGACCAAAUAUAUUAGCGGUAGAUGAGAGGACUUUGAUCGUGUGGGACAGGCGGAAGCCCGCAGAGUGAAUGUUAGCUUAGCAUUAGCAUUACUCUGUUUUUCGUCUGGUUUUAAAUUGACUGCUGUAGAAACCAAAAACAGGAAGUGGUUUCAUCUUUUAAAUCUUGCGUAAAACGGUUUGAGCGCCUGUGAAUUUGCUUCAAUGUAACAUUUUAUUAUUAUUUCCUACGUCGCACACGUUUUCAAGAACCUUAGAAAACGAAUGUGCGGCAUCGACUGAUCGUGAUUCCAAACCAUUUCAAAUCAACUCCCAGGAUCCAGAUGCUCGUGCAGAUGUUUACUCUUUAAAACCAGACCUCGUGGAAGUUUGUCCGACUCUGAGAAAGUAAAAGUUUCCCCCGAAAACCAACUGACCCUCGACGUAGAAAGCUACACGUCUACUUGAUUGUUAUUUUCCUGUGAUGACACGAUUAUGAUUUUCAGUAUUAAACUUUUUAUUUUUAUUUUAGUUUUUUAGUUUUACACACUUCAGGGAGAUGUUCCCAUUGGAUCUCCGGAGUCACACAACUGGGAACCAGUCUUGACUGACAGAUUUUCAUUCCUUCACGACUUUCUACUUUAUAUUGAUCUCCAGAAAAACAAAAGUUAACACUACAAACUGCUCUUGGAGUCUUUUAAUGGCCUCUGGAUUCUUGCCUCGGGAGCUCGUGCUUCUAAACAGUGAAUCUGAGUCCGACUGAGGGAGUAAAGCUUUUUUUGUCUUAUUUGUUAUUUAACACGAGUGCUGUUCGCUCGCUGUCAUUCCUUUUUGUUUUAUUCCUUAAGGACUGAACCGCCUCGUCUUGUUUUUACAGCACCAGAAGGUAAAAGACUUCAUCACUCACAUCUAUUAUGGACACUUUUUAAAGCCAAACUCCAUCAAUCGGAUGAGAACACAUUGUCCUAUAUUCUUAAUUUAAAUGUCAUUCCAUCCACACAAACAUCACCACUGUGUGCAUUUGUUUUUGUACAGUUGAGUUUUUUACAGCCUCAUCCGCACAUAGGGCAUGUGUAUGAAAUAUAUAUACAUAUAUAAAUAUAAAUUUUCUAGACCUUUUUGUAGCUGGAAGAACAAGGGUUCGGGCGGUAGACCAGAUUCAGCUCACUGGAAUGCUUUCGUGAUUUGUGGAUAUGUCUUAACAAAUUCCUUUUUAUAUAUAUAUAUAUUUGUAAAUUAAUCUUACAUGAGCACUAGGAUUUCACCCCAUGCUGGCAAAGAAUGUUUAGACUGGAUCUUUCUUUCUUUUUUUUUUUUUUUUUCUUGUCUUCUGUUGCUUUAAAAGUUAUUUUAAUUUAUUUUUCAAUACAACAUUAAACCAAACUCCUACAACACA